AUGGCACAACCUUCUUAUGAAAAGGAAGUCGGAGCUGUCCGUUCACAGGAGACAGGCAAACAUUACAGAACUCGGACUGACGAGAACGGGAUACAGGAUAAGGGAUUCGAGAACAUGUUUCGUACUAACACAAAAGAACUGGAGAAUGUCCCCAUCCACUUUGACAAACCGAUACCUCGAUGGAUCAACGGGAUAUUGAUCAGAAAUGGACCUGCGCAGUUCGAGGUCGGUAAUCGGAGUGUUUGCCACAUGUUUGACGGGUAUGGAAAACUCUACAGUUGGCAGUUUAAAGGAAACGGUACGGUACUUUUCUCUACUAAAUUCAUCAAAUCUAGCUUUUAUAAGAAGUCUAUCUCACAGAAUGACAUUUCUCCAUAUUUGCUGUUCGGAUCUACAGAGCCACGAUUUAACCAUCUCCUAAUGUUAUUAGCGUUAUGGCGGGGAAUGGACAACAUGAAUGUGAACAUUUACCGCUUUCCUUCCGAAGGAAAUAAACAAGGCAGCUUCGUGACAUUGAAUGAUGUUUGGGAUAACUAUGAAAUCGACCCCGUAUCCCUUAGGACGAUUGGAAAUCUGCAUCCUGAAGUCCCUUCUACCGGCGGUAUAAACAGUUUCAUCUUCAAGAAUGUUAUGUCGACGGCUCAUCCACUUCCGGAAUACGGCACGCCUCAUCAUUUUACGUACUUAUACAGUCUUGCUAUUAUUCCUGGAGUUAAACAUAGGAUUUCGCUUAUCCGGAUUAAAUCGACGACUGAACGGGAGGUUGUCGCGCAAUGGUCUGUGGAUCCAGACGAAGUUUCGUUCAUGCAUUCAUUUUCAGUUACUCCAAACUACGUGAUAUUUUUUAGUCCGCCACUAUUUCUCGAUAUUAAAUCUUUUCUGACAUCAGGAUCUAUUUCAAAAAGUUUCAAAUGGAAUGGCGCUCGAAGGAAUAUGACAAUAUAUGUCAUAGAGAUCAAGUCUGGAAUCAUCCGAACGUUUCACGUUCCACCGGUAUUCUAUUUGCAUCACAUAAACGCCUUCGAGACGUGGACUAAGGAGAUUGUAAUUGACGUACCAACAUACUUCGACGCUUCAAUCAUCUUUGAUUUAAAACUGGAAACAUUGUUAAAUCGUAGCGAAAGGAACAAACUAAAUCCACAUCCGGUUUUAACACGAUACGGGAUUAAUUUGAACAUAACGCAGGUAAGUGUGAAACCAUUUCCGGAAUCUGUUAAAUAUCCUUGUGCAACAAAGUUUGACAUGCCGAUAAUCAACGAGAACUACCGAUCUCGGAACUACUGCUACGUGUAUGGUUUGGUCAGUAAGUGUGACGAUAUCAAUUAUAGCCAUUUUGCUCUGGUUAAAAAAGAUCUUUGUGACAAUGGGAAAGAUCGGAUGUGGUUUUAUCCCAAUCAUUACCCGGCGGAAAUGUGGUUUAUUCCAUUCCCAGCCAAUAACCAUUCUAAACUUAACGAAGAUGACGGUUAUUUGUUGGUGCCCGUUCUGGAUGGUGAGAAGAAUGUGAGCUAUCUUGCCAUCAUUGAUGCCGUUUCCAUGACAACCUCUCACACAGCGGACUUACCAACGCGAGUUCCCGAAACCUUUCACGGUCGUUUCUUUCCAACUGUUAAAUGA